UGCCAGUUGGAGCUUGGUUGAAAGGUAGGGACAGCUGAGCGAGUAGAAGGCCUUUCAAUUGGCAAGCGACUCUUUCCCGGCAAGGAACAACCCGUUGGAUUCAAAGUAAGGCUCUUCAGGCUCGCCACUCCCCGGCCAGGAACGAUGGCUCUACCGGUGAACCCUAUGGACGAGCCCCGGGUGUACCAGCAGACACUUCUUCAGGAUGGCCUAUAUGAUCUACUGGAGAACGACAAGCUGGUGGACUGCAUUCUAAAAAUCAAGGACAAGGAGUUCCCAUGCCACCGCUUGGUCCUGUGCGCUUGCAGUUCGUACUUCCGUGCUCUCUUUCUGUCUGACAUAGAUGAGAGCAAAAAACGCGAGGUGGUUCUGGAGGAUGUUGAGCCGGGAGUCAUGGGGCUGAUCCUCAAGUACUUGUACACCUCCAGGAUCAACGUGACCGAGCAGAAUGUUCAGGACAUCUUCGCCGUGGCCAACCUGUAUCAGAUCCCGUCAAUUUUCACGGUCUGCGUUUCCUUCCUCCAGAAGCGUCUGAGUCUCAGCAACUGCCUGGCAGUCUUCAGACUCGGCUUGAUGCUGGACUGCCCCAGGUUGGCCGUCUCGGCUCGGAAUUUUGCCUGCGAGCGCUUCCGGCUCAUCUCCAGAGAUGAGGACUUCCUCCAGCUGCAGCCCGGUGAGCUGGCCGCCAUCUUGGCCAAUGACAACCUGGACGUGGACUCUGAGGAAGUCGUGUUUGAGGCUUUGAUGAACUGGGUGGCCCGAGAUUUAGGGGAACGGGAGAAGGACCUGCCCGGGUUGCUGGACUGCGUUCGCUUGCGUCUGGUAGGUGAGGAUUACUUGAAGGACAAAGUGGAGAAGAACAAACUCAUCUUGAAAAAUCCAGAGUUGCAAAAGAAGCUUCAAUUAGUCAGAGAUGCUCAGGCGGGGAAAAUGCCUGAAAUUAAAUCCAUCGCCAAGAAGAAGAAGGAAGAUGGAGCAGGAAAUGAGGAAGAUGAGGAACAAGAGGAGAAUCUUCUUCCGAGUAUCCUGAAUGACAACAUGCGCUUCGGGAUGUUUGUUCGUGAGCUGAUCCUGAUGAUCGGCGACUCUGGGUCGGUGGCCUACGACCCGAUGGGGAACGACUGCUUCAUGGCGUCAGUCUCCACCCAGGUUCCCAAGAACCACGUCAGCCUGGUGACCAAGGAGAACCAGAUUUUUGUGGCUGGUGGGUUGUUCAUUGAUGAGCAGAACAAGGAGGAUCCGCUCUGCUCUUACUUCUUACAGUAUGACCCGGUCAACACCGACUGGUUGGGCAUGCCGCCGCUCCCGUCCCCCCGUUUCCUGUUUGGAUUCGGGGAGGCCGAGAACUCCAUCUUCGUCAUGGGAGGGAAGGAAGUGAAGGACCAGGAGGGCACAUUGGACUCGGUUAUGGUCUACGACAGGCAAUCUUUCAAAUGGGGCGAGUCAGACCCAAUUCCAUAUGCCGUCUAUGGACAUGCGACUGUUUCGUCCAACGAUAAGGUUUACGUGAUUGGAGGAAAAGGGGACGACAAGAACUGCUUGAGCAAGAUGUUCGUAUACGAUGCCAAGAGGUUUGAAUGGAAGGAGCUGGCUCCCAUGAAGGUGGCACGCUCGUUAUCUGGGGCAACCGUUCACCAGAACAAAAUCUACGUGGCGGCCGGGGUUACAGAUACGGGUCUGACCGAUUCUGUUGAGGUUUACGACAUCGCCACCAACAAAUGGUCCGACUUUGAGCCGUUCCCCCAAGAACGUAGUUCCCUGAAUUUGGUUUCUCUGGGCGGUUCACUCUUUGCUGUGGGAGGUUUCGCAAUGAUGCCGUUGGAAGAUAGCGAGGACAUCAUUCCUAAAGAGAUGAACGAUAUUUGGAGGUAUAACGAGAAGGAGAAUAAGUGGACUGGGAUCCUGAGAGAGAUUCAAUUCGCCACAGGCGCCACUAUUUUGGGGGUCCGACUCAACACACUGCGACUCACCAAGAUGUAAUAUACAAAAAAAAAUGCCAAAGUCAUCUAAUGAUGCGCUUUAAGGAUUUUGCAUAUUAUAAAAAUGGCCUAAUCAAACUAUUAUCACCAAAAUGGAAAUUGUCUGAAAUGUUUUGCAUACAGUGUCCAUUUUUCAUUGUACAGUUUUUAGUUUUCCCCCUUACGCAAACCUGGAGCUCACCUUGUUUUUAUUAUGUUUUUUUUUAUUACAUUUUAACCUGCAACCAUAUUUGUUUUUUGCAUAUCUGCUUCAAAUAAAGUAUUAACCAGUCAA